AUGGAGGACCAUAGGCCGGCAGGGGAAUUGAUGGCGGUGGAAGUGGACGUUCACUCGGAGGAGCUGGAUUUCGCCCGCGGUGAUCCGAAGCCUCCGAUCCAUGACAGGGAUCCCAAAAGAGUCAACAGCAGUCUGAAGGUCAUGUUUGAGGAUGUGAUUGCAGAACCCCCGUCGGUGCAGAGCUUUGAUAAAGUGUGGCUGUGGAGUCACGCCCUGUUUGAGGUGUCCAGACUGUGGUGCUACCGCCUCAUCUCCCUCCUCCUGGCCGUGCCUGUCUCACUGGCAGCAGGGCUCCUCUUUGCGCUGCUCAGCUGCCUUCACAUAUGGCUGAUCAUGCCCUUCGUGCGGCUCCUCCUCAUCAACAUGCACUGGGUCCAGACUGUGUGGGCCAACGUAUUAAACAUUCUUAUCAGUCCCUUCUUUACCAGUGUCGGAAAGUGUUGCGGUCAAAUCAACAUCUAUUUUUCCAGCAAAAGAUGA